AUGGAGGAAAACAGGUGGUUUUUGUCCAUCAUUCAAAAUGAGUUCAGGACUGGAAAGAUUGAUUUAGACAGCACAAUGAAGCUGCUUGAAAAAUUUCAUAUGCCUUUUGAUUUUGAACAUGUAAAACAUGUUUUCAAGAAAACGCUUGACAAACGUAAGACACAGAUGAUUAACAUAGAAGAUUUCAGGGCAAUUUAUCGAGCUCUUGUACACAGAUCUGAAUUUCGAGAACUUUUCUGUGCAUAUUCUCCAGACUGCAAAAUUCUAUCUGCCACCGAGCUCACUGAAUUUCUCAGAAGAGAAAAAUAUGAAACCACAGCUUGUGAAACAAGUGCCUUAGAAAUUAUUCUGAAGUAUGAACCCAUUGAAGAAGUGAGGAAAAGAAGGCAGAUGUCAUUUGAAGGAUUUAUAAGGUACAUGAGCUCAUCGGACUGUUCGAUAUUUAGAAACGAACACAAGACUGUCUACCAAGAUAUGAACCACCCAUUAUGCGACUAUUUUAUUUCAUCUUCUCACAACACCUACUUGAUAUCUGACCAACUAGUAGGGCCCAGUCAUUUGUGGGGAUAUACCAGCGCUCUCUUAAAAGGGUGUCGUUGCUUGGAAAUUGACUGCUGGGAUGGCUCAAACAAUGAACCUGUUGUGUAUCACGGACACACUUUAACGAGCAAAAUUCCAUUUAAUUCUGUAAUUCAAGUGAUAGACAAGUAUGCAUUUGUGGCUUCUGACUAUCCGGUUGUACUCUCUUUGGAGAACCACUGCAGCCCUAAGCAACAGGAAGUAAUGGCAGACUAUUUAAGAAAUAUUCUAGGUGACAAACUUCUUACUUCAACAAUUGGUGAUACAGUGGUGACACAACUACCUUCUCCUGAGGCAUUAAAAUUCAAAAUUCUGAUAAAAAAUAAAAAAGUUGGAACCAUUGAGGAAGGUAUGCUCAGGAGAAAUGCUGAGAGUCAUGGUGAGACAGGAGAAAUUUCUGAAUUUGAAUAUCUGUCUGAUGAAGCUGAGACUGAUGAAAAAGCCCCUCUUUACCGAAGGACUCGCUCCUCAAAAAGAAAAAAUGAACACAGCCAUUCACUCCCACCUCGAAAAAAGGCAAAGGUAAUUUUUAUGAAAAUUGCCAUUGGCCUGUCAGACCUUGUGAUUUAUACCAAAUCUGAGAAAUUUGUGAGCUUUGAGCAUUCCUUAGCUAAUCAGAAGUGCUUUGAAAAUAAUUCCAUUGGAGAGGUUCGAGCACGGAAAUUUGUAAAACAUUCAGCUAAAGAAUUUGUUUCGCAUACUUCAAGAUUCAUUACAAGAAUCUAUCCUAAAGGAACAAGAGCAAACUCUUCAAAUUAUAAUCCACAAGAGUUCUGGAAUGUGGGGUGUCAAAUGGUGGCCUUAAACUUCCAGACACCGGGACUACAAAUGGAAUUGCAAGUUGGAAAAUUCCAAGACAAUGGUGGUUGUGGCUAUAUUCUGAAACCAGAAUUCUUGAGAAAUCACGAUUCAACAUUUACCCCACACAGUGUUGGUAGAUACAGUAAACCUAUGUCUCUGUCAAUAAGGCUUAUCAGUGGUCAUCAGUUACCACCCAGUAACCUGUCGAAGACUAACAAAGCUGACCCGUUAGUGAACAUAGAAAUUUAUGGUGUGCCAGAAGAUCAAACAAGAAAAAAAUCUAGCGUUAUAAAAAGUAAUGCUUUGAGCCCUAGAUGGGAUGAAGUCUUCUCUUUUACUAUCCAAGUUCCAGAACUGGCAUUGAUACGCUUCUGUGUGGAGGAUGAGAUAUCACUGGUUGCAAACGAAUUCCUUGGUCAAUACACUUUACCACUGCUGAGUCUGAGUAAAGGUUACUGUAAUGUUCCCCUGUUGUCCAAAGAUGGUGACAACCUUGAACCUGCAUCGCUAUUUGUUCAUGUCUGGUACUACUAAUGACACUCUGCAGUAGCAGUUGUUCUGGAG